AUGGCACCAACACAAGUAUUAAUUCAACCACCAUCGGUCAUCGGUGAAGAGACGACUAAGAUCACGCUCACUACAUAUCCGAGGUCCAGCGGUGUUGCUCCGGUACCACUAAACUGGGGUGCAUCAACAACAGCAGAAAGAGGACCCAUUCUUGUAUCACGAAGUGGUGAUUCGCUUUUCUACCGCAAUGCUAUCGGAGCUCAUGGCGGAUCUUACUCAGUCUACAACGCACUUGCCAUUGCAUCAGGGGAUCUUCCGCGAGACUUCAGACCCAACUUCAACAACACUCAGCCCACAUUCGACUUUGCUCAACAACCAGCAUGGAGCGACAAGAAGAAGAUUGUUGCAAUGGAUCCGUAUGGUCAUAUCGUCUCGAACGCAUUUGCUUCCGAUAUUAAGCAGGGGAAAGACGUCCGUCCGACGAUUGCCAUCACUCGCGCAACGAUGAGAGUGGCUGAAAUCUCAGAGGCUGUCUCAAAAGGCGUACUUCCAGUGGAUGGUGAUAUUGUGCUCAACUCUUUUGGCGAUGUAAAGGUUACCAAAGUCGCUGUUGAACCAGUAUGGUACCUGCCUGGUGUUGCUGAGCGCUUUGGAGUUACUGAGAACCACUUGCGUCGGACGCUUUUCGAGCAGAUGGGAGGAAGCUAUCCUGAGCUCAUCACUCGUCCCGACCUCAAGGUCUUCCUGCCGCCUAUUGGCGGUCUGACUGUCUACAUUUUCGGACCUCCGGAACGCGUGUCUGACCCGAAUGUCAAACUCGCCCUGCGCAUCCAUGAUGACGAUGUUUUCCAAUCCGACAUCUGCACUUGCCGUCCAUACCUCGCAUUCGGUAUCCAAGAAGCCAUUCGAGAAGCACAAAACGGCGGCAGUGGUCUCGCCAUCUAUUUCCGCAAGGAAGGUCGUGCCUUGGGCGAGGUUGUCAAAUACCUCGUGUACAAUGCCAGAAAGCGCGGAGGUGAUACAGCAGACAAGUACUUCCAACGAACCGAGAAUGUCGCGGGUGUGCGCGACAUGCGUUUCCAGGCCUUGAUGCCAGACAUCUUGCACUGGCUCGGCGUCAGCAAGAUUGACAGGAUGCUGUCAAUGUCAAACAUGAAGUACGAUGCCAUCGUCAAUUCUGGCAUCCCUAUCCUUGAACGAGUUCCAAUCCCUGAUGAAGACUCACGCGUCGAGAUUGAUGCAAAGAUCAACGCUGGUUACUUCACUACAGGUAAACAGUUCACCGAAGCCGAGCUCAAACAGGUGAAGGGCCGUGGUUGGGAGAAGUGGGAAGAUGUCGUG